CUUCCCUUCCCUACUCCGCCCGUACUUGUAUGCCUGUGCGAAAGUAAAGUUUCUUGGGAAUUAAUAUUCGGAAUCGACCCAAGCUCACAGCCUGGCGAGCCUAGCAGCCCACUAACCUACUGCGCUCUAGCAGCUGGAGCCCUGCCCUUAACGAUUGUCUUAGCACACCACAGCGUGCCCCGGCCCGUGGCCCUUCGCCUACAGCAACCUUCGAGCACCCCAGUUUGCUCCCAGAAAGACCCGCUGUGGUUCUCGAAUCCUGGUCAUUAUGAUCCCUUUGGUGCUGGUUUGUGAAGGGGUCCCAAGAGUCUGUGAGCAGACAGGCGUGGGACUGGAAGACCAAAAGCUUGGGGGUUCCCCAAUAAUGGAAAAAGAUGCUGGCUCAUCCAGUUCUGCAUCAACUUCCUACCUGCCUACCUACCUUACCUGCUGUGCCUACCAACUCUGCUUAUAUCUCCUCUGCGUCGAGCUAACACUGCUGUUGUCAACAAACAUCCCAUCCGCCAGCCAUCCACGAGCAACAGCAACAACUCACCCCUUCUGCAUCUUCAGCCUGUAGCCGGGUCCCUCCCUAUCGGCGACACUGCUGCUUUCUCCCCUCUCAAUUCAUGCUUCUCCACCAGUCGCGAGCCUGUUCUGCAGUUCCUGUUUGUGACUGGUCCGUCGACCGCAGCCGUCUCCCACUUUCAUUCUUAGCGAUUUCUGCUUCCCAAGUCUUUGGUCCAAUCCUUCCGUGCACUGACACUGACUGCCUCGCUGCUCCGCCUCGACAUUUCCACUUCCACUUCCACUUCCACUUCCACGUCAAACAUCACCGAAUCGUUCCUGCCCAAAUAAGUCUUCCCACAGCACCAGCAGAGGGGGGAAACAAGUAUUUCACUUCAGCCCUCGGUGCGGCGCACCAGCAAUGUUCCACAGUUGAGAUAUUCAAGAGGAUUUUAUACGAACCACCAAGCUCAGACUAGCAACAACAGCUGACUUCUACUGCUCGUUGAGACGCCCCAUUGGCAAGCUUCCCAAAGAUUAAAUUCGAUCUGGCUGUACAAGGUUUCCUGAGGCGUCCGUCGUGCGAGAAUCAGACCUUCGCUGCUUUUGGAGACAGUUCGGAGAUAUCACCAAAAGUAUCGCGGUUCCCGGGCAUCCAGACUUCAGAAGUCCUCGAAAAGCGUCUUACCGAUUUUGUAGUCAAGCUUCACAGCUAUCAGCAGAGCUGGGAAGGUAGUGGGAAAGGUCAAUGUCCCGGUCCUGGGGACCAUCCAGGGUUAGGGGAUCAGGACCCGAUGUCGCAGAAGCCAUCUGCGUCUCGUCCUGCAUCUCGGUCGCCGCCCGAAGGUCAAAGAUUCGUUCUACCACCUGUGCAGCUUCGAGAUGACUCUCAGCAUGAGGGACGACAGGCAGAGAGACAGCAGCCGGAGCCCGAAAAUCGAGCUUUUUCUCAUCAACCGCAGAUAUCCCCUCAACAUGCUCAGACCUCCCAGAACAUAGGAUCUGGAGAGGAUUGGAGAGGCGCGAGACAGCAGAGGGACCUGGGAGUCCAUUCUAUACUGAACCCAUCGGAGCCUGAGGGUGGUGGUAGUUCGAGUCGACGACUUAGCGGCGCGACGAAUGAGUCUCCCAUCUCGGCUAUGGAGCGGACCCCAUAUGGCGCAAGUCCCUCAACUGCUCCAUCUCAUGCCUUUCCUGGUCAACAAUUGCCUCAGGGAUUGGCACCUCGACGGAUCCUGACCCCAAGAUCACCAUCAGCUCGAAAUGUGAGCGGUGGAAGAGGAGCUCCGGCAACCAUCGACGCGCAACAAUCGCCUUUUUUGCCUUCAAGAGGCAGAGUGUACAUGGCCGAGCCUGGACCCAAUGCAUCGUCGGAUAUCCCUCCAAUGCCUACUCCUGGGCAAUCACAGUACCAGCAGCAGUAUGGCUUUCCACCCGCAUCUUCAACACCAUCCAUUGUACCUCGGCGGUCGAGUGGGGGUACAAUGCAAGCUCCUGGCCGCGCAAGACUUUCGCAAAGCGCAAGUCCGAGUAUUUCAGCAUCGUCAAACAAUCCUUCAUCAAGUCAGACCUCCCCGGCAUCUUUCCUCUUCCACAAAGGUGGAACACAGCCCACCUCGUACUAUCCCGGUUCAUCAUUUGGGACUGCAAUACAAGCGGGAGGUGGCAUGCAAUUCCAAGGGCCCUCUGGAGUACCUGAAGGUCCGUACACUUCUCCAGAUCCUCAGACUCAAGCCAGCUCUCUCCAGUCCAGCAGCGCAGGCAGUUCAAGGCAGACUUCUGCUUCAGAUCCCAUUCAAGUCAUGACAAUAACCACGUCUAAAGGCUCGUAUACUAUGCCUGUGGACGUGCACCAGGCUUCCAAAUUGGCUGAUGAAAAACGUGCAAGGAACGCAGGCGCCUCUGCAAGAUUCCGGCAACGCAGAAAAGAAAAAGAGAGGGAGGCAAACACGAGCAUUGAAAAGCUCCAACAGCAGGCGCGAGAGCAGGACAGAAGAAUGCGGGAGAUUGAGGGGGAACGGGACCGGUACAGACUAGAGAGGGACAGACUGCGAGAUCUGUUACUCAGAAAUCCCGAGAUGAGACACCUUGCUUUGCAAGGUCCUCCAAGUCCCCAAAGCAUGCGAUCGGGAUCGUUUCCGGGCAUGGGCCAGCCGCCGCCACAGCCUCCCCCUCAGACGAGCUUUCAUGCGCCGGACACAACCACAGAACGAGCUCCUAGGAGAAGGAGGACGGACACGCAAGGGGAAUUCACCAGCUUGCCCUACUCUCUUCCACCAGCUCCAAGUCUCCCUCCAGUUCAGUCCCCUGGAGGAUAUUUUGGCCCUCCUGGACCGCCAAACCUGCCUCCUCUACGGAUGGAGCCGGCCCCUGGCCCGCAGACGCCAAGUGGAAAUGUCACCCCUUCGACGGGCGCUGGUCCUCUACCUCAUGACCCCUAUGCGCGUGGUCCAUACGAACGCGGUUGGACUGGAGAUGCUGGACGCCGGUAGUUCCAUUGCGACUGGACUCUGCGGAAAAUAGCCGAGGUCAACAACCUCGAUCGACGAUCCGCGACAAUCGCGGCGUCUAAACAUACCUCCUCCCUAAUAUCUAAUUCCACAUACGUUGUCUCUGUUGUGCGAGCACGAUUCAUGCUUGCCAGCUAUCGACCAAACUCUACAUACAUAAGCAUUGUAUCUACCCUGUGUAUCUCUAUCCCACAUAUCUCUUUUUUCAUCGUCACAUCGACCACCAUUUUCAUCACCAACCUCAUCAUUAUCAAGGAGCGACAGGGAGAAGGAAGAGCAGCAUUGUUGGGCAACCGACCUCAUAUAUCCCCAGAUUUUUGUCUUCUCGUAUUUCAUUUCCAGCGAAAAACAGCGAGUUUAUACCCCCUGGUGUGGUGCAUACUUUUUUUUCCCAUAUACCUUCAAACCAAUUUUUGCUUUUGGUCACAGUCCAAUGGUGCCAUAUAAAUCUCUGGGCUUUUUGUGAACUUCUUUGGAAGCUCCUGAUCAGACUUUGCGCUUUUUUUACUAUCAUUUUUUGCGUUUCAGCAUGGAGUUUGCUGUCGUCGGGGGACAACCAUAUCUUGCACGGCACGGGCAUACCUUGGAGCAGAGGGGUUGUGUUUUCUGGGGUCUCUGGCUCGGCUUCGGGAGGGGGAGUCUAGGGGGUUGGUAUUUGUGCUUUUUGAGGUGGGAGUGGAGGAUCAAAGGACCAAGGGAGAUAGACUGGGUUAGAAGGGUCGAUCUAUCAAAUUGAUGCUUCGUGCUGAACCAGAGAGAUAGCAGGAGGGCGAGCGGGCGUCCAGAGCGAGGGUUGGCUGCUUGUACAAGAUUGGAUCUGGGACGGGCCGGGACUCGGGUAUACAUAAAAAUCAGACUGUAUUGUACGAAAGAGAAGGGCAGCUGUGAUCCUCACAGUAUAGCGGACGCAUGUUAAUGGGCUGGUGGAAGUCAAUUCUGACAUAAGGUUCUUUGCAUCAUGCAUGCAAGCCAACACAAGUAGGCAAAACAUGCCGUUGCCAAGUAUCGAUAGUCGUGCCUGAACCAAGUGAGGGGUAGUGAGACCUUGCGCCUCCAAAUUUCAUGCUUGGGCGGUCAUGGCGGCGCUAAAGGUUCACAUCCAAGGAAGUCCAUGCGAGUUGUAUUGAAUUUUAGAAAGCUUCCUUUACAUCAAAGUCUAACGAUAGUUAUAUCAAGC